AUGAUAAAAGAGUUCGAAAAUGAAAAGUGGAAGACCCAGGUUAUGGAGGAAGAAGGCCGGGUUCUGAAGGGCUUGAUCUCACAAUUAGGAGGAGAGAGAGCCUUGUAUAAUGAACAAUUAAACGAAAGAGUCUUAGAACUGUCUUUAGUAAAGGAAGAGUUGGAAAUUGAAAAGAGGAAGACCCAGGAAAACCACUUGGAAAAAAAUUCACUGAAAACAUCUUUGCAGAAUGCUCUCCAUCAUGGGAACGAGAUGGAGAACUUGUUAAAAGAAGAAAAGAAGAGAGGACAGGAGAUGGAGACUUCCUUGAGAAUCUUAAAGGUCGAGCUUGACAACAGGGCCCUCCAAAUACAAAACUUCUUAAACGAGGAAAGAAAAUUGGUAUGUGAAAAAGAAGAACUAGAAGAAAAACUAGGAGUCGCUCUCAAUCACGGCAAGGAACUGGAGAGCUUACGAGAGGAAGCAGAACUGAGGGCGAGAAAAAUUACAAAAGAUUUCGAGGAUGAUGUCCAGAAAAGGGAGACACAAAUCCGCGAAAUGAGUCUGUAUUAUCAGGAGACUCUGAAGCAGAAGGACGGCGAAUUGGAGAAGCUGAGGGAAGAUGAUGAAGACCUGAGAAAAGAAUGUGAAAAGUUGAAAGAAAACUGGAGGAUACAAGAGGAAAAUAUGAUCAAGGAAAAGCAAGUUUACAGGGAGCGCCAAAGAAGACAGGAAGAGGUUUUGAGGAAACAAGAUAAAUACAUGUUAAUGACGCUUCUCCAUGGGACAGCUCAGAGGAACUUCACUCUGGAGCACAUUGCACUGCAGCAUGGAAAUGAAAAGAAGCAAGAUGAAGGGAAAGAGGAGUUCCUGCAGAUGAGAAAGGAGGAACAGUACAGGAAAUACUGCGAUGCCCAACUUGAGAGGAGCAACUAUGGGAAGCAGUGGGAGGUCCUAACUCAGACACUGACGGACCUCAUCCACGAAGACGAGAGAAAUCCAGAAGCCACAAAAGAUGAACAAAAAUGUGGGGAGGCGAUUGCCCAGGAUGCCAUAUUGGAGAGGUGA